UCAGCUGCGCGUUGAGACCGUAAGGUGGGGUUGAUCAUCGCCUUGGGGAGGAUGGUGUAGCUUUUGGUGGUGGUGAUGGUGAUGGGUGAUGGUGAUGGUGGUGUUGUCAUCCUCGCUUUUCGUUGUUGUCCCCCUCCUCCCCCUCCCCUCCCCUCCCCUCCUCCCCUUCGGUCCACGUUCUAGUCUAGCCUUGCAUCCACACUGGCUGGGAUUCUUGUUUGUCAUCGGCUGGCCGGAACAAUGGAUCUUCACUCAGACAGGCUGUUCACCCACACGGGUGCUUCUUUUGCCCCGUCAUCCUCGUCGUCUUCCUUCCCGCGCCGCCGAUGGUCGCAGCUCAGCCCUCUGCAUAUUCACCCCCAUACCCAUACCCAUACCCAUACCUCCUCGUCUGCGGUGGUCGAGACUGUCCGACCCUCUCCAUCCACGCAUCAUCCCUAUCGCAACGAUGACCUGUCUCUGACUGCUGAGUCCUCUCGAGCACAUCGUGCCACUGCACUCCGUCAGUUGAAUGGUUAUGCCAGGCCCUUAUCAGCCAAGGGCCGGCCCGCAACCUCUCGGCCAUCCUCCUCCAUCAACACCACCACCACCACCACCUUAGGGUCUCAACCCGUGCUGGUGCGAGCAUAUUCCGGAGAAAGCCCUAAUGCGACAUCCACUGCAGCCACGAUGCCUUCACGGCGCUCAUUCCUCUUCUUCUCUUCGCGCUCGAGCAGCCGCCCUCAUGCGCCGGCGCUCCCCUCCGAAGAGGAUUUUAGCAUCGAUGGCAUCUUGCGCGCCAUCGAGCCCGAUAUCCGGCACACGCUCGACGCCAUCGGCGAGAUCUGCGGUCGCAGCAAGCUGAGCCUGGCCAACGAGUACGGGAGCCAUAUCGCGCCCCUGGGCGAGAUCCGCGCUCCGCCCGGCGGCCUGUUGACGGUGGAUGAAGCAAGCUCCGACCACGAGCGACAGGCCGACAACGACGUUGUCAUCUAUGACGACGAUAACAGCGUUGCCGACGGGCGUGAUUUCCACUCCGCUCCGCCCUUUCGGUACUGGGGCCAACUCCGACAGGCGACGACGACGACGACAACGAGGACGGGGUCUCACUCGAGAAUGUCCUUACCCGCGGACAGCGCAUCGCUGCAGGUUCAGCCCACGACCCCACGAUCCUCGGCAGCCUUGCAGUCGGCGCAUGGCGACACUGGGGUUGACUUGCUUCUGACCACCAGGGAGAUCGCGUCCAAGUCGAGCGCCAGUGGCCGAGGUCUCCUGGGGAGGAAGGUGAAGAACGACGCCCGACGCCGGACCUACGAGAUGAUUACACCGGCACUGGUGUCGGAGACAUUGCUGGACGCGCAGGCCGAGAGCCACUAUCCUCCCGAGGCAUCCCGUCGCAGUCGGCCGCUCAGUACGAGCAAUGUAGGAACCGCGCAAGCUGGCGAAGACCACCUUUCGGGGACACCCCGACCGUCCUCGAUGGUCGAUAUGCGGAGCCUCUUCGGCUGGCUCCGGUAUAUCAUGAACGAUGCCGAGUAUGGACGUAGUCCGGUGACAGCAGAAAUGAGGCUGCGGGCAAUGCUGGAGCGGCCAGCCCACGGCCAUGAUGACUGAAUGAUCUGUUUUUCUGUCUAUGAUUGAUGAUAUACGACUGUAUGCUAUUUCAUGACUCCAAUCCAAUAUGCAAGUCCCAACCUUUGGGAUACAAGUUCAAAUGCACAUGCACAUGCACAUGCACAUGCAGACAAUCUUCAAUUCUAGACCGAAUCU